AUGGCCCUCCAUCGCCGCGCAACAACCUCUGAACUAGUCGGACUGGCGGAGUACAUCGAGGGUCAGUGGAUAGACGACGAUGUCUUCACCCACGCUUCGUGGACUGUCUUCCGACAGAGUGUCCGUACCAACAACGAUGUUGAAGAUAUGUGCAGGAAGCAUUUUCUGUCAGGGCCGGACGGAGUAGCCGAUAGUAGCCUGACCGCUUCCUCCACGUACAAAAACAAUUCAGACCCGAAACAUGACUAUGGUCCCUCCAGGGGGCGCUUAAAUGUUACUGAGGUCAAGGACGCCUCUGGAAUGACCCUGAUUGGUGGAUGGUCAGCAGAUAAAAACGAUGUCCACCAGUUCAUUGAGGUUAAACUACAGGGGCCGACCGUGAUCCGAGGGGUCGUGACCCAGGGUCGCAAUGGCUGUUGUAAACAGUGGGUGACAAAGUACCGGGUCCUGUACAGUCACGACUGUGUUAACUGGAAACCCGUGGGAGGCCCAAACACAAACGACGCCUUCUUUAAGGGAAAUAGUGAUGCGGACACACCCGAGGCCAAAAUGUUCCAGUGUCCGGUAGUCGCUAUGUGUGUCCGCAUCAACCCAUUGGAGUGGAACAACCAUAUCUCCCUGAGAUUUGACCUCCUAGGAUGUCCCCUUCAUUCUGGAAAUACCUCUGCAAAAUCACAAGUUACCAUUGCAACAGGGAGUGGCAGUUUGACACCUGCUGGAGUUACGGCCCCUGUCAUUACACCUGUCCCAGGAACUGGUGGGGUACCUGUCCGACCUGUGAACCACGGUGUCAAGCGACAGUGUGUAAAACAAUGCAAGGGUAUGGCCCCGGGAGUUUACCAGUCGUGUGAUACCUGUGACGGCUACGUUACCUGUGUGUGGGGGUUUCUGUACAGGCAGCCGUGCCCGCCGGGCCUCAAAUGGAACGACAAUUUCCGAGUGUGCGACUUCUCCUCCACCACAUGUCCAUAGACCUGCUCAUCUGACCCGUGGACGAAAUCACCGGAAUUGACCACCGAUACUGACCAGUUACCUAACUGAUGAAACCUUCAACAGUGUUCUGUGCGGGUUUUCCCGAAAUUUGGCGUCGACCGUACUUGAUAGUAAAACUAUAAUGGACAUCAUUAUGUAAUAUAUGUAAUAAUAAUAAUAAUAAUUCGAAGUUCUUGUAUACAGCCUUAUCAUAACCUAGUUCGUAGGUCAUCUCAAAGCGGUUCACAAAUUGCUAUAGUGCAUUUGCAACAAACUAUCUCAACUCCCUGGGGAGCAUACAGCCGUUGCUGCC